AUGACAGCCAGAAAUCCUCAAACUCUAAUGGCUCUGCCUAGCGAAGAAAGUUUCGAUUUUCUAUUUAAAGUUGUACUGAUAGGCGAUGCUGGAACGGGCAAAACUUGUAUUGUGGAACGCUUUAAGACUGGUAACUUCAUGGAACGUCAGGGUAAUACAAUCGGAGUGGAUUUUUCAAUGAAAACCAUUAGUUUAGAGGGAAAACUAGUUAAGCUACAAAUUUGGGAUACCGCGGGCCAAGAACGUUUCCGUACAAUAACACAAAGUUAUUAUCGUUCAGCGAAUGGUGUUAUCAUUGUUUAUGAUAUAACCAAUCGCAACUCAUUUGCAAAUCUACAAAAAUGGAUUGAAGAGGUGCGACGAUAUACGACAUCAAGUGUUCUACUAAUUGUUGUCGGCAACAAGUGUGACUUGGAAAAUGAACGUGAAGUAGAAUUUGAAGAAGCACAGCAAAUGUGUCAAUACAUACCCGAAGUUCUGUACGUUUUGGAGACAUCAGCCAAAGAGAAUCGUAAUGUUGAUGAUGCUUUUGUGGCGUUGGCAACGGAAUUGAAGAGACGCAUAGAUACGAGUAUAACGCAAGUGGAGAACGAUGAAGAUGCCAUUAAAUUAGGACAAAGUAAACCUCUCAAUCAAUGUAGUAGUUCGUGUAGUUUAACGUAAAAA